UUUCACUUUCGAGUUAAGUGACAGCCGAAAUGACGCGCAAAUGUUAAGUAUGUUAUCAGUUUUAUUAGACAGUGGCAACGAGUAGUUGGAGGAAGAGGAGGAAGAAGGAGAAGAAGAAAAAAAAAUGAAGAGGAGAGAGAAAGCAUCUUCGUGUGCCGACUGCUUCAGACUCUCCAAGGGAGCCGCGAUGGAGACACGAUGACACGGAGCAGGUUGGCUCAGAGAACCGCGCCUGGGCUGCAGUGAACCGGCGGCGACUUCCCGCCCCCCGGGGACAUUUUCCCAACGACAAAAUUGUGACAGAGGGGCGUGUUAUGACGAAAAUAGUCGACGGUUGUGGAGAAUUAGAACAAUUGAGUUUGCUUCUUCUGUGCGGCCAACUUCCUGUGCUUCCUCCCCUUUUCGUCACCUCCAUUUCUUCCUCCUGUUCUUUUUUUUUUUUUUUUAACGUCACGAACACGUUCGUCUUCUCAACAAAAUGUUGAAUUUGGCGCACUUUCGCGUGAGGGGAUCUUCGCGGGUGUCUGGCUUGCUUUUACCGGUCGGCUAAGGUGGGAAGCGAGGAAAAAGGGACCCAGAACAACAACCCAACUCGACAUUAUGACACAAUAUUUACACUCAAGCGUUGGUUGUCGCGCUCGAGUGCGCAUGCGCGGUGGCGGACGGCGUUAGCUCGCCGCCUUGGCAGCGACAGCGUCCUGCCCCGGCUGACCGCGAUGUAGGCACCUGAGUGGGAGAAAACAACACGGGGAGGGCGGACAUGGCCCAAAAAAAAAAAAAAAAGUGUCCUCGGCGCGGCGUGAAGACGGUUGCACUCGUUGACACGAUGGUGGCAAUAGGGCGGCCGUAAAGUGUCAAGCAUGUCCGGGACAGCCGCCGACGGCGCAGAGGGAGCAGUCUCCAAAGUGCAAGUGAAGAGGGAGAUCAAGACCAUCGUGGACAAUUUGGAGACCAUCCUGGGCGACCUCAAGGAUGUGGCCAAGGAGCUUAAAGAGGUCGUCCACGAUAUUGACACCCUGACGUGCGACUUGCAGCUGGAGGACGGCCUGACGGACAGCUCCAAGACGGACACGCUCAACUCCAGCUCCAGUUCCACAGCCACCACCACCACCACGGCGUCCAGCCUGGAGAAGAUGAAGUUCUUCGCUGACGACUGCCUCUUCGUACCGCCGGCCCCCGUCGCCCCGAUCCUCGCCCUCCCUCCCGCGGUUCUGAGCGUACACAAGAAGGCGCACCCGCCCUUGCCGCCGCCCAGAGUUACCUCGGUGAGAUCCGAGGAUUACAUCGGGAAGAAUCUGCCUCAGCCGACGUUAGUCCUAUCAGGGAGUAUAUCCAAGGCUAAUGGAUCCUUAUUGAAGAACGGUGUCGUUUUUUCUUUGAACCCAAACCGGGAUUUAUUCUCCCCGACGUCGUGUUUCAUUACUAAUGACAGCGGUGUCCCGGAGUCGGGCCUGGUUCCCACACUGCCCAGACCCAUGCCCCUUCUCCGCCACGAAAAGAACAAAUGCCCCAAGGCCCCUGGCAGGGAGCCCCGUGAGAGGGAACGUGUCCGUUUCAGCGAGAAGGUCCAGUAUCACGGCUACUGUCCGGACUGUGACCUCCAAUAUGACGUGGAUGACUCAGAGCUGCACUUGCAGGCUGAGCUGAACGACAUGCGACUCAGCCCUGUGCACUACUGCUCUCCUUCCUCCCCUCCUCGUCUUCCUCACCAAUUUAUGCUGGAGAACGGCGGCCUCUCGGUCAGCCACAGUUUUCCACCCAAGGCGAGCGCUCCUCCUCCCCCACCUUGCGUACCUCCCCACUCGGGUUCCCUCAAACCCCAGAAAACAAUCCUGCGCAAAUCGACCACAACCACGGUUUGACGACAAGCCCUGUGACCCGUCUAUCAUACACAAUCUUGAGUCAUUCAUAGUGUUUUCUAUUUAGUGAGCGCCUUCUGCUCCAGUCCAAUUUUUGGGAUUAUUCAAACAGCGAGGCUGGAAAAUGGGAGACAAGGGAGGCGAAAUAGAGCAAGGGGCCCCACCAUGGAUUCCGAGACGUAUGCACACAGAUUUAGACCAAGCGGUCCCUCUGAGACCCUUCAGCUACACCUGCGAAGGAUGCUGGACAGGGGAGGCCAAGCAUCCAUCUUAUUUUUGACGGCUCUCCGCCAAUAGGAGAUAAAUACAGCCUUUGGAUUCUGAGCACCUGGAAAAAAAUGGAACCUCCAUGAAGGCACGGUGAAAUGAGGAUUGGGGAGGACGGGUUUUUGUGCAGACAGAAGCUGUUGUAGUCCUCGCAAAGUCAUGACCUUUCAUUGCAGUUGGACAACUAGGACAGAUAAGAAUCCUAUUUAUUUUGAAUGAGACAAGCUUAAUGAGUUAUUUGUAACCAAUCCCAUCACACAAAAAGUAUGUCAAAUGCCAAAUUUGCCCAUAAUCCUUGUCAGCUACAAGCCAGUCAUAAUAUAUGACUGCUGAUUAAACUAAUUCCACUUUGUCAAAGCAAGAAGCUGACACAAAAUGGCCGAGGUGGGAGAGGUCAGAUCACGUCGGCUCCAAUUUCCUUGCGUCCGAUUUCAUUCACAGAAUUCAAUUCACAGUCUUUAGUGAAGCUAACAUGCAUAUUUUAGGAAUGUGCGAGGAAAUGGAUGGGUGGAAACAUAACAAAACAAAACAAACAAGAUUUUUGUUUUUAUUUUGAAUGGUCAUAAAAACAGUUCAAAGGCCAAACCAGUUUAUGUUCAUUGUCAAGCCACCAGUAAUCAAUCUUCAAGCGUAAAUAUCUUUGUCAAAGCAAGAACACUAUUGUUCUUGGAUUGUAACAUUGUGGCAUAAGAGCGCCAAGGUAGCUCAAGUCAUGCUUUAGAACAAGAAUGUUAUUGAUGUUUGAAUGACAGCAAAAUACAAAUCAGUUCAGGUUCCUUGUUACCUAUCCAACAGUAACAAUGGUAAACAGAUCUUUAAAUGAAUUUUGCAAGGUCAAGGAAAGAAACCUAUUGAUUUUUGGUGCUUUUCCUUGUUGGCCUGGCUCAAUUUUUAACAAACAUUGUCCAAAACUUUAACGCUAAAGACAAAAAGAUUUUUUAUUACUGUAGCAAGAACAGUAUGUCAUAGUGGUGUGUGUGUGUGUUUGGGCACUUUUAUACUACUUCUACUACUUUGUGGGGACUACACAGUGACAUCAGCCUCAUUUUCUUGGUUGAAAUAACGCUUAAAUGAUGGCUAAAAAAAAGGUGUCCGUGAAGGCAGCUGUGAGUUUAGUCAACAGAAGGACAUUUUAGAGCUGGAAAUUGCCUUUAAAAAAGUAUAAGUGGAUGUGUGUUUGUUUUGAGAGGUGGACCUAUUCUCUGCUGGACUGAAGCCAGGUAAAAAUGAUGUCCUGUCGGUUUGCACCAUUUGUCGCAGACAAUGUGUUGAUCAUCCAUCUCACUGUUAUGUACACUGAUUUUUGAGCAGGUAUUAAUUUGCAUCAAAUGUUCCUUUCUAUACAAAUCUACAUGAGCAUGUUUGAUACACAGUAUCUCUAGAUUUCAGGCCUUUUUUACAGAGACUUUUAACAUUUCAAUAGAGGAUAUUUUUGAUAUGGUGUCUGACGACUGAGAAGUGUCGAUAACGAAGCGCUAUCGCCGAGAGACACUUCACAGACGGAGCGGCAUUGGGUGAGCGAGCGCAAAGAAUAUCAAUUGUGCGAGGCGAGAAUGCAUUGUGCUGCGAGUGAAUGCGAGUGCUCAGCUUGUCCUUCCAUGCUGUCUUUUUCUAUGCAUUUUGUUUUCCUGAAAGCCUGUCUUUUAUUCCUCACACUGCCAGCUUGAUAAGAGAUCGUACAUUCUCAUUUGUUUCAGUGCAGUGGAACCUCUAAUGUCCUCGAGGUCAUACAAUUUGGAAUUUGACCAACGUCGUCAAGUUGCAAGAUUCACAAGGUUUAUCCGAUCAGAAGUGGUGUUCAGUGCUGCAGAUCGGAAGGUGCCUGGGGCUUGAGUGUACUGGCCCAAUAAGCGCGGUAAUAAUUCUUGUAAUGUUCCUCCAAAAGUUCCUAGUUCCUAGUAAAGUACCUUCAGCUGAAAUGUGUCAGUAGUUGGGGGGAAACAUGCCUCUAAAAUCACAAGUCACAAUCAUGAGAGAUGUCAACCUGCAUCACCAAACAAUUAUAUAUAUAAAAAAAAACAGAUUGUUUUCGACCUUAGAGAUUCCACUGUCUUGUCUGUCCAUCAAGUUUAGCCUAAAGAUCUGUUUCUCAGUCCAUCUAAGCAAUGGACAUUAAAUAUAGAAUAAGGAUAUUAAUAUGAAUAGAUGAUCAAAAGUCAUUUUGAAUGAGUCAAGGUGAGACUGCUGUAAAUUUUACAAAAUAAAUGUUUCAUUGACCUAGGUUUUUUUCCACGACCGGGUUCAACAAGAUUCAAAGAAAACUGGGAUGGGAUGGGAAAAGUCUGUUAUAUUUUUGCUGUACAUCUUUGCCAAUGGAUGGAAAAAGAGAUUAUGAGAAGUAAACACUUUGCACUUGAUGUUGUCUGUGUGUUCGUAAUGCCGCUUUGUUUGUCAUCAGCUGUGCUCAUCGCAUCCCUCGGAGUCAAAAACGGCGUUAAUGAAAGCGUCUGCCCGGGCAUCACGCUGAAUCAAAGCAGCUUUUUUUUCAAAGGAAAUGAAAAUGACAUCAACAGCCGCAUCCGUUAAUUGCAGAUUAGUGCGAUGAGACCGUCAGGGUUGCCUCGUGAUGCAUAAGGCCAUCGGCUCACUCUGAAAGAUAGAACAAAUGCACGGUCAGCGACUGUGGCAGUGCGCCAUCGUAAAAGCUGAAGGUCACGGUUGCAGGCAUCAAGAAGAGGAGAAUGUCAACAGUUCUAAUUCCUCAACCUGAAUGUUUUGCUGAGAUUAAAUUACCUUUCGGACUUGGACAAUAUACAUUGGCUUGGCCUGGUCGGCUAGAGAGACAGGAUUUAUAUGUCUAUUUUUAGCGGGGUACACCUUACACACCGAUCUUUAUAGUUUGAGGUAUACUCAAAAUAACCAACGAAACACACCACAUACAUAGCCAUGUCUAUCAUAGUAUGAAUUCUGGCCUGUUAGAGGCAGCAUGGCACACAUCCAGACUGAUGGAAAAUACGUAGAAGGAGAAAUGGAAGAAGCUAGGCUAUCUGAUAGCUUAUCUGGUAACAAUUUUGUGGUUGCAAACUCGUAUCGGAAUCAUCUUUACUGGCCAAAUUUGUGAGAAAUGCAAGGAGUUUGUUGCUGGUAGUUUGCUAAGACGAAAGGCUAACAAAAUAUAUAUUUAGGUUUCCUUUAACAUCUGCGAAAAGAUGCUGCGGAUUUUCUUCCAGUCUAUGGUGGCAAGCGUCCUCAUAUAUGCAGCUGGGGGGCAACGUCAAGAAAAUGGAUGCUUUUCGACUGAAUAAACUGAGGAGGAAGGUGUGGGUGAGUUGCACAGCCUGACGUCUGUGGCACAAAGGAGGAGGAUGAACAAGCAUCUUGUCCAUUAUGGACAAUCGUGUGCAUCUACUGCACAGCACCAAAUCCGGGCAGAGGAGCAGCUUCAGUCACCGGCCGGACGGACGAACCCAGAACCUGAGGACUGUGAGGCGGACGAGAUAUCCGCUCGUCCAUUGUGCUGCCCUUCUUUAUAACAAGAUUCUCAUCCAAUUGGGUUCCAUUUUGAACAUCCACCAAAUAUGGCACAUCUCUAAAGUAGAGAAUCAAACAACGUUUGUAGUUCCUCACAAGGCCUCGUCUUCCUGUCAGAUUGCUUGUUUGACUAUUGUAAAGUGUUGCCUCACAUGUGCCGCUUCAAACGAAUGCACACAGCGGCAAGUGUUCAUUCAUUCAUGCACGUUACUGGUGUUAGGCAUACAGCUUGGAACGGACUGACUCAAGGCUCUUGAGGGAAAACAUGACAAUGCUUUUACGCGGAAGCUGCAAAUGUUGUGUACCCCGGAGGCCACAGCGUAUAUCCAUAUACUGCACUGCGUGUAUAUAUAUGUUUGUGUGUGUUUCAUGUUCCAUCAAUUUCUCUCAAAUAAUUUUGUAUUUUUCACUGUUUAUCUUGUUAGGGUUAUGGAUUUUGUGGAUUGGAUUGGAAUGGAUUUAUCUUUCAGGGAUUAAAGUUACAUGAAUGUUA